GCUGAGAUUUUAUUGGGGCAUUACAACCUCAUUGUGAGGGAAAUUAGGGAAACUUUUCUUCUCCAUCGAUUUCGAUGAAAUUGUUUUCUGGUGACGUUCCUCUUCAUUUCUUUGCAGAUCGCGAGGUUAGAGGUUAAUGUCUUGCUCACGCUGAGAUUUGGCGUCUUCUGUGCCAAGAUCUAUCGAGGAUGCAAGAAAAGAUAUACACAACACCUCCUCCACCACCUCAAUUCUCCGAUUCCAAUCGGCGGAUCAUUGACCCUAAUGGCCCAUCUAAGCAAGUCUAUCAAGUCUGGAAAGGAAGCAACAGGUUCUUUCUUGGAGGCAGACUUAUAUUCGGUCCAGAUGUUAGGUCACUAUUUUUUACAGUAUUUCUAAUUGUAACUCCAGUGAUCUUGUUUGGUGCUUUUGUUUCUCAAAGGCUGGUUAAUGAGUUUUCACACCAUCUUGGCAGUCUUAUAGUAGCAAUUUCUGCUAUCUUCACAAUAUAUAUCGUCAUUCUUCUGUUCCUUACGUCUGGAAGAGAUCCAGGAAUUAUUCCUCGGAAUCCUCACCCUCCUGAGCUGGAAGAUGAAGUUGGUGCCUCUAGCUUAUCCACAGACUGGGCAGGAAAUCAGAGUGGUGCUCCAAGUAUACCUCCCACAAAAGAUGUCCUUGUCAAUGGGAUGGUGGUCAAGGUCAAGUACUGUCAGACAUGCAUGUUAUAUCGACCACCACGAUGCUCUCAUUGUUCUAUUUGCAAUAACUGUGUUGAGCGGUUUGAUCACCAUUGCCCUUGGGUAGGGCAAUGUAUUGGGAUGAGGAAUUACCGAUACUUUUUCAUGUUCGUGUCCUCCACUACCAUGCUGUGUCUAUAUGUUUUUGUAUUCUGCUGGGUAAACAUCACGAAAAUUAUGGAAGUUUAUCAUUGUAAUCUUUGGAAAGCUUUUCUGAAAUCCCCUGUUUCAGGCAUCCUCAUAUUAUACACAUUCAUAGCUGCUUGGUUUGUCGGAGGGCUGACAGCAUUUCAUAUUUACUUAAUUUGCACCAACCAGACAACUUAUGAAAAUUUCAGAUAUCGGUAUGACAGGAAGAUGAAUCCACAUAAUCUUGGAUGGGUUUGGAAUGUGAGGGAGGUCUUCUUCUCUAAGAUUCCCAGUUCUAAAAAUAAAUUUAGGGCCAAGGUGAAAGAGGGCUCAUCUUCUGCCUUCAUCACAUCGCUCUCAAUUGGCCAUGUCAUGAGCCCAGAGAUGCCUAAAAGAAGCUUCGACAUAGAGAUGGGUGGGAAGCGUCAGGCUGUUGCUGCGGAAGAGUUUGAAGAUAUACAUAAUCAAAUUGAGAGAGUAGCUGCGUUAGAGAGAUGUGGUACUCAACCAAGACAUACCAGCUGGGUCCAAAAAGGCAACUGGGAGAUCACACCUGAUUUACAUGCAUUGUCUGCCGAGUUUGGAAUGGAACAUGGCUUAACAGAUAGAGAAAAGAUCCACGGGGGCCAUUGAGGUGAUUGUAUAGAAAGACCAACUUGAUUGAAAGGGGGUUGUCUUGUUCUGAGAGUUGGCACAGGAGCUUUAACUUAUACUAAUC